AGCCUCUUCAACACACUGGAUCCUACCACCCAAAAGAUCUCAAACUUCUUCCAUUACCACCAGUGCGUGUUUAGCGCUCUGAGCUGCCCCUCGCCGGGGACGCGCCUCUCAAGACGUGAUAAACACAACACCGACUCGGCCGCUCUCUUACCACUCCGCUUCUACGACAUCCGCCGCAUCCUCACGGGCACCAUCUCGCUGCCCGCACUACCGCCGUUCACCUGCAACUUCAACAUGUCUACACGAAGGACGAGAAACGUCCCGGCCACGCCACGAGUCAUUUCUCCGAGCCCGACACGAUCCGAACUAGAUGCGAGCGGCGAGGGAUCAUCGUUGUACAAUGGUCCGACAACCCGGUCGGCAGCACGGAGGCGGUUAGCAUCGGCACCUCAACCUGCGCCAGAGGAGCUGGACGAGGAUGACAGCCCCGACCUGCAAAGAGCCCGGAGCCGGAGUCGCAGCCCUAUCGACUCGCGAACACUGCGCAGGCUCACGACAAGGAAACCCUCCGUCGCCAGCAACGGCGUCCAGCCCACCGCCGCGUUGACGAACGGCCACGCCAAACCCGCCGGCGCAAACGGCCACCUCUCCCCUCCGACUUCUACGACCACCUACUACGGCUGGAGCUGGCGCGACUUCAGCCGCAGCCCGAGCCCGCUGGGGCUAAUCCCCAUCCACCGGCGGUGGCGGGCGUUCGUGCACAAGCACGAGGUGCCGCGCAAGGCGCUGCACGUGUCGAUCGGCUUCUUCGUAGUGUGGCUAUACCUCUCGGGCACGCAGACACGGGCCGUGUGCCCCUACCUGAUGGGGGCGCUGGUGCCGAUCGCGGCGGUGGACGUGCUGCGGCACCACUACGCGCCCUUCAACCGGGUGUACGUGCGGGUGCUGGGCGCGCUGAUGCGCGAGAGCGAGUUCGCGGGCUACAACGGCGUCAUCUUCUACCUGCUGGGCGCGUGGGCCGCGCUCUACUGCUUCCCCAAGGACGUCGCCGUCAUGGGCACCCUGCUGCUGAGCUGGUGCGACACCGCCGCCAGCACCUUCGGCCGCCUCUACGGCCGCUACACCCCGCGCAUCCGCCGCGGCAAGUCGCUGGCGGGCUCCCUCGCCGCCUUCGUCGUCGGCGUCGGCACCUCGGUCUUCUUCUGGGGCUGGCUCGCCCCGUCCAAGGGGCCCUUCCCCGGCGACGAGCUGUUCAUGUUCACCGGCGCCCUGAGCCUGCCCCGCGCGCUGGCCGACGCUGUUGGGCUGGAGCCGGCUGCUGCGACCAUCACGGGCGGGCUGGCGUUGGGCGUCAUGAGCGUGUGGUCGGGCCUGGUGGCGGCGACGAGCGAGGCGAUGGAUGUCUUUGGCUGGGACGAUAACCUGACGAUACCCGUUCUUAGCGGUCUGGGCAUUUGGGGGUUCUUGAAGGUUUUUGGUUGAGAGUAAUGCAUGCUAGGGGCGAGGGGAGUUGGCGGUGGUGGUGGUUGUCAUAGGACUAACGUGGGUGGAUGGCUGGCGUGGGUGGAUGUGUGUAUAUCUAUCUAUCGGGUGCAUGGGCGGCGUUUUGGAUCCCGGAACGUGAAGAAUGGGUUUGGGACACAUUGUAGCAGUGCAGUC